UCCACCACCGCUGACGGCACCCCACACACACGCACACAGCCAGCCCAGCCAGCACGCACGCACAGACACUGCCAAUUGGCCCUGCGACGUCACGGCCAGUAUUGCCGCAGCAUGGGGAGGAGCGAUCGUGUAAAAAGAGGAGGGUUGCCGAAGCGAUCCGCUGGUGAGAGAGCAAUUUUUUUUUUGGUGGGGGUAUUUUAACUUCGCGCGAAUGUGUUCGACAAGAGACAUUUAAUGCCAUUGUGGUGCCGCUGCUGCAAGCGGGGUGGCUGCCGCUCCGCAAUGCAGAUGUCCAGUUGGAGCGGGUCAGAACGUCGCAACGACAAGAAACAAUCCAGAAACACGAUAGGAGCACAAAGCAUCUGAAAGCCAACCGCGCUAAUUGGAGGUGCGCUAUGGGCUUCCGGCAACAAGGCGUCGAGCGCUGAGACGGUGCCACCUGGACUUUUCGCGGCUCACCUGACGGACGCUCCAUUGUCCAGACCGCCUGUGACGGGGAAAGCGGAGACUGCGGCACCGCGGAUCGGUUGCGGGGUCCGCGUGCCACCCCACACAGCGGCAGCAGUAGCAGGGUGCUGGUGGCGGCGGUGGCUGAGCGGCAGUCCCGGGCACCACCAUGUCCAACACGAGUGGAAGCCGGCGGACGUCUCUCAGGUCGUGUGCGCAGAGUCGCAGCGCCCUCUUCUCGGUGGUGACUCCGACCGGCUCUGGGCAGGCCACACCGGAGCCCCUCCUGUCUCCGGGGAAGAGGGCACCCUUCCACAGCAGCAGCAGCAGCGGCGGCGGUGCCACCGCCGCCCAGCCUAGGCCCUACUCGGGGACACCGUCCCAUGGCUGCACGAGCAACUUUUCCUACAGCCGGGCUGGAGAGGGCAGCCCCACACACAGGAGGUCCAAGCCAGCCGCCUCCGUGGAGCCGUCUGGGAUGAGAGCGCCCUCCGAGCCGUACCUCACGCCGCUCCAGCAGAAGGAGGUGGCCAUCAGGCACCUGCGGGCCAAGCUGAAGGACUCGCAGAGGCUCAUGCAGGAGAGGGAGGGCGAAAUGGAGGAGCUGCGUCUCAAGCUGGGCCAGAUGCAAGAGGACUGGGUGGAGGAGGAGUACCAGCGUCUGGAAGCCCAGCUGUCCCUCAAGGAGGCCAAGAAGGAGAUUAAGCAGCUCAAGUCGGUCAUCGACACGAUGAAGAACAUGCUGGUGGACAAGGAGCCCGACGGGGGCAAGGGCGUGCAGAAGUACUUUAUCGACAUCAACAUCCAAAACAAGAAGCUGGAGGCUCUGCUCAAGCGGCAGGAGGCGGCGGAGAAUGGCGUAGCCGGGGAGGGGCAGGAGGAGGGUUCGUCGCCGCCAGAGUCGGCUACCCGCAGCUCCGCGUUCACGAAGGGCUCCGAGGAUGAAGGCGAGAGCUCCGACGGCGUGGACACGGACACGGACGCCGAGGCGGAAAAGGGGACGUUGGAAAAACACGCAACCAAAGAAAAUGGCGCAACCGUGGACGCGUGCAACGACAACGUCCGCCCCGGCAUUUCACGGGACACGUCCAAGGAUUGCCUGAGCCUUAUGCUCAGCGACUCCAAACCGCCGACCUUGUCCAUUCACGUGCAGUCGGCUGAGGGCCUGCCAAAGACGCAGUCUCAGCACUCGCUGCUGAAGCUGAUCAUUGCGAGUCCGGUGGAAGAGAACGUUCUGACUUUCUCCCAGGUGGACGUGGACAGGGUCAGGAGGAUCAGCAAGGAGGAGGGCGUGCAGACGGACGAGGUCACGGGUGAAAACGCGCCCGACCCGAGGGUGCUCAAAUCUCAGGCCUCCAGCCCGAUCCUCUCGCAGCUGCACAAAUGGUCGCAGGCGAAUGCAUCCUCCAUAGCCGAUGGCGAACGUGCAGAAGAUGAACUCAGGGAAAGCGCCAUAGAGUUGUUGCAGUUUCAAUGCAACCGAGAAAUGCGGAAGUCGCUGUCGUCCCUGACCUCGGAAGAGCGAGGCUCACUCGACGCAAAGUCUGACUCUGGCGCUUGCUACCCUGAAACGGUGGUGCAGGUGUCUGAUAGGUCAGCUGUGGAGACAACUGCUACAGGUGCAGAUGCACGGAUGGGCCAAACCGCUGCCAGCUCAGCCGCUGCCUCUGUGGAGUGCUGCAAUUGUUUGACCUCGGAUAAUUUUCAGAGCGGCUUACAGGCCGAGCCAGUGGGCAUCAACAACAACAACGCUGCGGUUGACUGCUUGGUAACCAGCCAUUCUAACAGCAGCCUUCAGAGCCUUGUGGAAUUGGCUGAGGAAGCUGCCGAGGAUUGCCCCCAUGCGGAGGCGCCCGAGCCCAGCUACUGGAGCAGCAGCGCCCUGCUGGACACGCUGGUGCUCGCUGGGCCCAUCCUGCCCACGGUCGCCUGGUUCCUCCGGCGGCCCGGAAGCACGGCGGCCGGGGCCGCCGGCGCCGAGGCUGGCGCGGCCGUCGGGGUGGCCGUGGGGCAGCCCUUCUACGGCCUGCCCACACUGCUGCGUGGCUGUUGCCUGCUGGCGCUGCGCUCCCUGCGCUCCAUGCCCAACGCCGUCAUCGCGCCCAUAUGCCUCUGCACAAGGCCCCAGAUCCAACAAGCAGACCCAAACAAUGGGGAGGAGGAGGAGGAGCAUGGGUUGAUGUAGAUGACCGCCGGCUUGCUACGGUCCCGCUGUGUGACGAAGGACGUUGGAUGGCCACGACGAGGGUUGCCACCCCCGAUCCUGUUUUUCCCCCCCAAGAUAAUCCUCUUUUUUUACCCCAAGAUAAUCCUCUUUUUGACAUCGCUGUCAUGACAUUUCCAUAAGUCUUCUCGAGACAUGAAGUCCAGGUUUUUGUCGGUUAUGAUAACAUGCCCGGGUCUUAAUUUCCAAUAGAAUCUUUUCUAGGGCCCACCAAACCCUGCAGACCCCCCCCCCCCCCCCACCGGGCGCUCCAAUAGUGGGGAGAGUGGAGGGGGAGGAAAUAGUUUGCAAAGUUCGGCCCCAGGUAACUUUGGCUGAUACAAUUCCCUGAAUAUACCACUCGAGACAAUGUAUUUACGUGUAGUUCUCCAGUCUUACGAUAACGUGAGAUAUUCCCCUUCCCAUGAUAAGUGCUGUUUUUUGAACCACAGAGGUGGCAAUCCUCGUGGCUGCUACUGAAGAGGUGUCAUGGCCAAUCUAUCUCCCCACCCGAUAUGAAUUUGCUUGCACUAAUGUUUCGUGGAAAAUAACAACGAUAAAUCCUGGAACAGUCAAAUCUCGAUUAUCCGGGAUUUUUGUUUGUAUCAUAGUUUAACGUCUAGGCUUUCGCGACCUAUAUCAUCCAUGACAUAGUUUUUUUUGGGUUAGAUUGCCUAAAAAUGAAUGUGGCGUUAAACACUUGUAAAUGUUGUACUCAGAUUGUAAAUGUUGUGGAUUUCUCUCCAACACACCGGUGUGCUGUACUAGUAACAAAUUGGCAUGUUCUGUUUAUGUGACAACCCCUACUAAUCGUCUGCGAUCUAACCCAAAAACUGGCCUAACGGCUCGAAAUACCAAAACAGCCACCAACAAACAGCAUGAGCGAAGGUGUAAUAGAUACGCGUGUGACACUUUUCUUGAGAUCGACAAAAGGUUAUAUGGAUUUGGGAAAAGAGACGAUGGUGGGAAGGGAAUUCCCAAGUCGAGCAGUGCAUGGAAAGAAUGGGCUCAGUGCUGUGACCUCCAGUGUGGUGUCGAACACCGCAAUGGUUGAGACAAAAAUGGACUUCUGGUAGAAGGGGGAGGGGCAUAGCGUGGAUUAAACAAAACAUGGAUGAUGCAAAUCAGAUGUAAAAUAGACUGCAAGAUCUCAUUUGAUUGUUUUACUUAAGCAUAAUGGGGGUGAAGAGGUGGAAGUGGUCGUGUUGUUUUCUUUUUUCUUUAUUAAAGCGGUCACUUAGUCGAGGGUGAGCAACUGCUAAUAACACUGUGUAACAAAAAAGUACAGAAAAUAGCUAUUAUUCCCCACAAACUUUGCUUUUGUGACCAGGACACAAGAGCAAAGUUGAUAAUCCACUCGAUUAAUAACACUGUGUAACAAUUUUGUUUUCCUGGGUAGUGUUAUUUCCUAAUUUCUUAUGCCUCAAAAGUACAGAAAAUGGCUAUUAUUCCCCAGAAACUUUGCUUUUGCGACCAGGACAGUGAUAUACUGUAUUUUCAAUGAGAAAACGUGUGCAUUUGUGUAAUUCCUUCACUUAAAGUCCUGGUCACAAAAGCAAAGUUUGUGGGGAAUAAUAGCCAUUUUUUAUACGUUUUAGGCAUAAGCAAUUAAAAAAUAACACUUACUACCCAGGGACAAAAAUCGUGUUACAUAGUGUAAUGAUAGAACCAGUGGAGCAUUGGGAAAUCAAAGGCGGAGAGUGAGUGCAAUAACACCAUAUUUUCUCUUUUUUAUCUACAGUCCAGAUAAUCCGUCAACAGAUGUUCGAGCGUUAUCUUUAUUUGUCAAGGAAAGUCUCACUGAAUCUGAAGCCGACACUUGUUUUUGUACCCACUUCCACAAAGGUGUGGGACGACAGGAGACCCCCAGAUGAAGUUCACGCGAACGAGGAGGCGACACUCAAAGCACCGCACAGCUAUAUUCAAGAACUGCUUGCUGUGCUGCCACCACCAGGCCACUUGCUCGCCCGAGCGUACAUGCCACUGGCAUUCCUCGGCAGUCUUCCACUCUUGUGCAGUACUAACCAGGCUAGCACCUGCUUAGCUUCUGUGCUCUGGUGAGAUUGGGCACACAUGCAGGUUACGGGUCUCUGAAUGAAACACCACCACGCUUGGAGCGUAUAUUUAAGCUGAUGAUACUAUGUAGUUUAUACUUUAGUUUUUUACGUGGUUGUUUAGUUACUGCAGCUACAUACUAUUAACAUUCCUUCCUUUUAUUAAUGCUACCCCUAUCCCCUCCCUUUGAUGCUGCUAAUCCUGCAUAAUGCACGGGCAUAAUAUGACUUUGAAACCCCCCGCCAAACCUCCUACGCAUUUCACAAGUAGUACUAAUCACAUACCUGCAUUUCCCAUAAAUAUGCUAAAUUCCUCUAGAUAUGCAAAUUAUUUUGUCAAGGCGCCCUUCCCUUAAAUAUACGCUCCAAGCGUGGUGGUGUUUCAUUCAGACGCUGUCUCCCCGACAGACCUGGUCUUCACCUGAGGAUGGCUGCUUGCGUUGUGGCCGAAACGUUGUGAGAAUUAUUUUAUUAUGUUUUAUUUUUAUUAUUUUAUUACUUCCCUUCUACGUGACUUUACCGAAAGAACCAAGAAGAAGUUACGGGUCUAAUAGCAGCUGAAUGUAAGGGUAUAAACUCUCUCUGAUUCAGGUGCAUGUACGUGAUCUCCAAGGUACAGUAUAACGAUCUGACGAACUAAUCCUCUGGUCAGUUGACUAUAAAAUGUGACCCCUGGGCUUUAUUUGUUGUUGUUUGUUGUCGUUGUCAGCAUAUAACUUCCCACCGCUGGUCAAAAGACUUCCUUAAUGUUUUCUAUUCCUUCCGUUGCUGAGUUCAACUUCAGUAGUGUCCUCCAAACUGCGAUUUUCAUCUUGCCAUCCCUUCCGCUGUCUUCCUCUGCUUCUUAUGCCUCCCCUUGGUAUCUACUCCUCAUGAGACUGCGACAGAAGGUCAUCAUGUCAAAUGGAAUUAGCCUGCACUAAGCUAUUUAGACUGUACUCUUGUGUAGCAUAAACUCAGCUGUUGCCAUGUUGUGUAACCAUUGAACAUAGGCCUGGAUAUAACUGAUAAUACCUUUGUGUAUAAGUAUUUACUCAUAUUACAGUUUGUUGCCUCGUUAACAUUGAACAUAUUUUAAACAUUUUUUAUUAAGUGGUCCUGAUUAUUCUUAUUAUGAUUAUUAUUUGAAUAUACAUUACUGCUCUGCCAAAAAUAUAUAAUAAUGUAGUGUCAUGCAUUUUGUGAUUUGAAAUGCUUUUCUGUAAACAGCAUAUAUAUUUUUUAAACGUUAUUAUAAUUUUAAGGAAUCCAUCCAAAUAUUGUUCGGUGAACUGUAACGUGAAGGAUUUGCAAUACUGUCUACAAAAACUGAAAGCAAUACAUAAAUGUAACGAGCUCUGUAGAAGCUAUAUGGUAGUAUUUAUAGAUAUUAAUUUUAAAACAUGGUAACGGCAUUCAUGAAAACCAUAACCUAACUUUUAACACUUUAUAACACAAUCAGCUGGAUAUAUGCAAAACUUGCUUUUCAUAAAAAUAGAGCAUUAUGUUGUCGUGGUUUUGUGCCUAGAAAAAAAAUCACAGUUAAAUGCAUUCUGCCUUAAACUCUGAGUUAUAAUUUAAGUGCACUACUAUAUUACAUAAAAUGAUGAACCUAUAAUAGAAGGCAUAUAUUAGCUAAGCAUUAGCAGGCAUUAAAGCGAAGUAAAGAUCGCAUUGAUUUUAAAUGGUUCUGUAGAAAUAUUGGGUAGGCAUUUGUGAAACAAACAUUAUGGUGCCACUUUUGCCCAAACAAUAUAACCGUGCAAAAGUAGUAACCAGAAUAUAACGAUACAAUUAAUGAGUGCAGUUUGUAUACUACAGUAAUAUUUAGAAUAACGGCACUUCUUGGAAUGAGACCAUUGGUAAAAUAUAAGAAUGCACAACUUGUGCUAUGAAUUCCACUCAUUGAAAUUAUUUUGCUGUCCUAUUUCGUCUUGCCUUGAUAUCUUGACUUCAGUGCGUCUUUCUCAUGCCUGUAAAAAAAGUAGGCAGUAAACCUCUCAUUCGUAACAAAAAAUGUCAGUGGUGCAAAUGCAUGACCAGGUGCGUUGGCACUUGCCGAAAAUCAUUCACCGAUGACGGUUAAUUGUGGACGAGGUGGUUUGAAGAAAGGUGGCCUUAUGAUGAAUUGUGCACGAUUGAACCGAAUACGUGUACCAAAUGUGUUGAUUAUUGUGUACCGAUGAUAACCAAUUGAUUGCGCCCCAAUUGGUGAAUUGGGAGUGGUCUCCACGAUUCUGGCGACCAAAGGCAAGAUCUGAGAGCGGAUAGAUGGUGGGAGACUGUCAGAGCAGAUCAUGGAGAUCGCGUGUCUCUACGGUGCAGCAGCUGCACCCACAUAUCUGAUUUGCACGGUUGGCUAUGUACGGUGCGAAAAAAGUUCAACAUACUCUUUGUUCAACAUACCUGUUCUCACAGAGGGGAGAAAGCGUUGGCGAGGCGUGGUGUCGGUGGUGGUUGCAUCAAUGGUUUUGGCCUUGAUGCGGUCCUUGAUCCUGAUAUCAAUAAACGCGAUGGAUUUUCCACUUUUGAAGGAUACUAAGAUAAUAGACAAAUGAAUAGUCAAAGAAUAUCGGUAAAUUAUGUGUUGUUGAAUAAUGGUUGACUCGUGUGGACGAAUUAUUAAUACGGCACUUGAAAUGAAUUACAGAAUGUGGAAUUGUCAUCAAAUUAUGAACUGGAAAUUAAUGGACGA